UCGUGGUGCGUCGGGUAAAGGUAUUGUUAUGGGAACAGUACAUCCGUAAAGGGAAUUCCAGGUUAGCUAAAUGUUGGAGAGCUCGAGGCGUGGGGCAACGAGCGCGGAUUCACUCGCGAUAUCGGUGGAGCACGCACAAGGUGAAGCAACCGAGAAAGGGCAAAUCGGAGCAAUAUAAAACGAGGCACAUCCUCACAGACAGUAUUCAGCAAACAGCUGAACAGCAAACAGCGCCUAUUCACUAGCACUAAAUAUUUAGCGACAUGACCACCUCACUGUUUGUAGUUUCUUUGGCACUGGUUGCUAUUGGGUCAUGUGGUCGUCUGGAGCCUCAGUACCUGCCACCACGUCCAGGCGGUGGUUUCGGAGGUGGUAGCGGCGGCGGAGCAGGAGGCGGUGCUGGCGGUGGCGCAGGCGGCGGCUUCGGCGGUGGAUCAGGCGCCGGUGGCGGCUUCGGCGGCGGCAAUAACGGAUUAGGAGGCGGAAACUUCGGCGGCUCUGGAGGUUCCGGCGGAUCGUUCGGUGGCGGCAACGGAGGCGGCAGCGGUAACCAAAUCCCGAUCACGAAGUUCGAGAACGUUAACAACGGUGACGGAACUUACCGUUUUGAGUAUGAGACCGGUAAUGGCAUAUCAGCGCACGAGAGCGGUUCUCCGAGCGCUCAGGGUCCGGAAGGCCCAGCCGUCACAGCCGAAGGUGGCUUCUCCUUCAAGACUCCUGACGGCCAGCAGAUCUCCCUCACCUACACCGCCGACGAGAAUGGCUUCCACCCAGUAGGACCUCACCUGCCCACCCCACCACCAAUCCCAGAAGAAAUCCUGCGCUCCAUUGAGUUCAACAAGAACAACCCGUCUUCCGAGGGCUCUUACAAUGGCGGCGGUGGAUCCGGCACGGGCGGUUCCGGAUCGGGCGGCAACGCCAAUGGCAAUGGCUACCACUACUGAUCUCACGACAUACUCACUCGGCUACUCGCUUUGAACUCGCAUGGAAAAGUGUAAACGAUUGUAUAAACUCAGUUUUUUAUCGGAGUGUAACUCGCUUUGGAGAGUUUCGGAUUAGGAGGUUGUAUAACAGGGUUGAUACUGGUAGAAAUGAAGUUGUCGUAAAAAAACACUCCAACUUUACUAUAAAACGAAUGAAGAUGGAUAUCUUGUAUGCCAAAGGUUUAAGACCAACGAGGUUUGAUUUGAAAAGAAGCGAACAGUAGGCUGUUGUCCUCUCACGUAUUUCUCAUUUUACGAAUUUUCGUAUGCAAGUGAGAGAUGUCAUACCCCUAUAUGCUUUAAAUGCAUGAAUUCCACAAAAUUUCGCACAAUCAUUUACGAAUAUAAUCCCAAUUCAGUCUUACGCGUGUAUGCAAACCGCCUAGUGCUUAAUAACAUGUAUGAGGGGCAAUAAAACUGGGUAUAACGCACAGUAAUAUCGUAGCAAUUACACAAAGCGUUCGCUUGCGAUUUCAAAGCUAUUUAGCUAAUGAGACAUCGAUCGACACUGACUGGACGAACUCACUGGACUGUGAUACCACGGCGGAACUUGCACUGUUUAUUUAUUUAGUGAAUAAUUGUAGUCUUUCAAUGUAAAUAGGCAUGGUGUAUGAAUAAACGUAUGUUUAUGUGAA